AUGGAGAUGAUCAAAACGGCAAACAAAUCCUCGUUUUGCAUUUACAUCUUCAUUGUUUCUCUUCUACUUGUCUUGCAUUCUUGCCCGGUAGCGUCUCAAGAAGUAGAAAACGAAAGGGAAUUUGACUACAAUGAGAAUGGAAAGAAGGGGCAAGCAGAUGAGGAGAGAUACACCCAGAAUGGAGUUUUGUGUGGGAAUGGAAAAAUGCAGUCUCCUAUUGAUCUUUUGAGGAGAGUUAAAAUUGUAUCUCACUUGGGAAAGCUUAACAGGAACUAUAAGCCGUCCAAUUCCACUCUCAAGAAUAGAGGCCAUGACAUGAUGUUGAAAUGGGAAGGUGGUGCUGGAACUCCCCAAAUAAAUGGAACCCAAUAUGUGCUUCAACAAGCUCAUUGGCACUCACCAUUUGAGCACACCAUUAAUGGCAGAAGGUUUUAUCUUGAACUUCACAUGGUUCACGAGAGUAAAGAUGGUAAAAUCGCUGUUUUUGGUAUCUUAUACAAGCUUGGUCGACCUGAUAAUUUUCUCUCCUCC